UGUGAAGAUCUUUGCGCGUGCGUUUGUUUACGUAAAUGGAAAUAAAUAAGAAAAAGUCUAGUCAUUUUUUUUAUUGUUUUUUAAAUGAAAGUGACUGUGAGAAGGAUGAAAAAGGAUCAGAGUUCAACGACUAGUAAGGAUAACACCAAACAAUCACUCGAUAGGAACGAAAACGUUUCGGGGAAAACUAGCCAAGAGGAUAAUAUCACGAACCUAAAUAAGCAAUCCAUUAGAAAUGACACAAACAUUAAUAUAUUUCUUAUAAUAUGUAUAAUUGGUGUAUCUUUAGCUAUAUUAUUAGAAAUAAUAAACGUACAGAAUCGAAGCAGAAAUAUUUGCAAAGAUAAUGUGGAGAACAGAAGGUCCUACUGGGUGUAUUCUGCCUACAGCGACGUUGAAAACAAAAAUGGAUUACUCAAACACGUGCAUUUGGUGUUAGAACGUCUCGGAUAUGAGAAGAGUACGAACAGAACCCCUUGGACUUUGCUAUGGUCUCACGAUUAUCCUUUCAGAGUUUUAUACCCAAACUUGCAUAGAUUAAAAAACAACCAGAAGGUCAACCAUUUUCCUGGCACGGGUUUCAUCACUAACAAAGUGGAUUUGGCAACAUCAGACUCCAAAUUUAUUCCUCGUGCGUUCAAAAUACCCAAAAACAAAAAGGAGUUUUUGGAAUACGCGGCGGAAAAUAGAAAUGCAUUGUUUUUGGAAAAGCACAAUCAACAUCGAGGUGUGUACUUAAAGAACGUGACCGAAAUUGAUUUGUCAAGUGGCGAAAGUUUCGUCCAGGAGUACGUGCAAAAACCGUUCUUAGUGGACGGUCAUAAGUUCGAUAUUGGCGUGUACGUUGUACUCACAUCUGUUAAUCCUUUGAGAGUAUACUGGUACAAAGGAGACGUUUUAUUCAGAUACUGCCCAACAAAAUACUACCCAUUUGACCCAAAAAACCUGGACAAGUACGUGGUGGGUGACGACUACCUGCCCACGUGGGAAGUUCCAUCAUUGGCACAUCCCUAUACCUCACUCGGAUUCAGCAUGAAGGAGGCUUUCGACCAUUAUGCUAGCUCUAAGGGAAAGAACACAACUAAAAUGUGGGAAGAUGUGCAGGAAGCGAUCACUGAAGUGUUUAUCAAAAAGGAACACCAUAUUAUCAGUGCACUCAAAAACUAUUCUACUCAAGAGAAUUUCUUCGAGAUGAUGCGUUUCGAUCUAGUAGUGGACGAAGAGCUCAAAGUCUACCUGCUGGAAGCCAACAUGUCUCCCAACCUGAGCUCAGCACACUACCCGCCUAACCAGCUGUUGUAUGAACAGGUAUUAUACAACUUGUUCUCUCUGGUUGGACUCGCUGCACAUUUGAAUGAUCGCAACGAGGAUCCAGGAACCAAAAACAUGUUAUCAUCGCAAAAGAACAUAGCAGUGUACAGCAAAGAAUGCAGUUCGAUCUGCAAGGACAGUUGCGAAGUAUCCGACGUGUGUGGGCUGUGUAGACACUGCCUAAGCCCUAGGCUGAGAAGUAGCCUAUUGAUUGCCUAUAAAGAGAACCUAGGCAAAGGAGAUUUCAGAAGAUUAUAUCCGCCUGCUAUGACACCAAAUCAGAAUAUCGAUAAAAAGAUAAGGAAUAUAACUGAAACAAACAGACUACAGUAUUUGUGGUAUCAAGGAAAAUGUAACACAGACAUCACAUGGUGUACAUAAAUUAAAGUAAAACAAAUGUUAUAUAGUUUUUAAAUUUUAUUUAUUAAACAUGUUUUUUAAACAAUGAUUUUUCUUAAUACCUACGACCCUACCAGAGCCUUUCUUAUACAAGAAAAAAAAUCAGUUUUCAACCCUAAAAUACAAAUUCAGCC